AUGGAUACGGUGUCCAAGGCCUUCAAUAACAACCUCAAUGCUUUGGCAGCUGAGAAGAAAAGAUUCUUCGCUUACAUCGCGGAGAGUUAUACCGAAUAUCCCGUGGAUACUGUCAUCGGGGAUGGUCGUGGCGUGACAGGGAUGAAACCUUGCAGCGUGUUAUACCUGAGUCGAUACAAGGCAGAGGACGUGGUUCUGCGACCGGGACUAAAGUACACAGGCUUCCUGAUUGUGAGGGUUGAUAAGGAUGACAAGGAUGAAGUUCAAGGAGGAGCGCACUACAGCAGAAUUUUGGACCCUAUGCGGCCGCGUGCAUACCGUCAGCUUCACCUAAGUGGCCCAGCCUAUGGUUUCAGCGGUUACUUCAAACCGGUUUUUCUGGAGCCAGAAGACGAAAGGAGCAUGAUCGGAGCCUUCUUCACUGUGCUUGUGCCUCUCUUGGCAUUCUUAACGAUGGCUGCAGUAAUGGGAUUGUUUGUAUUACACAAGCGUGGUGAAGUCUCUCAGUGGUGUCACUGGCUGUGGAUGUCGAAAGAAUCUUCUAUGGGUGUUGAACGAACACUUCUUCGUCCAUCAACCUACCACGCUAUAGCUGUUGACGAUUUGCCGUCGGAAUAUCUUAUGAGGCACCGGGACUCGGAUUUUCUUUUCGCUCAGGAAUAUGAGGGUUGGAAUGGUCGGAAAAUGUUCAUCGCUGCACAGGCCCCACUCGAUACAACCGUGGCCGAUUUUUGGCGAAUGAUCUGGGAACAAGAUUCAAGGCUGAUUGUUAUGGUCGCCAAUUUGUUUGAAAAGAAUCGACAACAGUGCACGAAAUACUGGCCUGAUGAUCAACCCACAAGAUAUGGUGACUUGCUGAUUACUCCACGAGAAGCGUCCUACUUUGCGGAUUACGCAGUCCGAUGUUUCGAUGUUGAACCGGUGAAUGAACGAUUCAAUCGAAUGUCACCUGGGGCUAGAUCCGAUGUGGGUUCUAUUGAUUCAAAUCCCGGUUCCGAAUACGCCAAUGUUCCUUCUGUGCGGCAUUUGAACGGACACGCUGAAACCUCAUUCGUUGGGACAGGGAAUGCUCGUCGAAUUGUACAAUACCAUUUCACUAACUGGAACGAUUACAAAGCACCAGAAUGCUCUACGGGGUUGUUGCGAUUCCUGCACCGCCUUCGUGCUUUACCUGAGUUUGAGGAAUAUCCUGUUGUGAUUCAUUGCAGUGCCGGUGUGGGUCGAACGGGAACGUUCAUCGCUAUCGAUAGCAUGUUAGAUCAAUGCGCCGCAGAAGGCAAAGUCGACAUUUUUGAUUAUGUAUCCGCUCUGAGGAAGCAGCGCAACCUCAUGGUCCAGUCGCAGGAGCAGUAUGUGUUUAUCUAUAAAGCGUUGGCAGAAUGGCAUUUAUUCGGUCACACGGACAUGGACGUCGAACAGCUCAUAGAGCACUACCAGACGUUGAUUGAUCCAGGCAUGAGUGGCAUUACCAAACUGGUUGUGCGAUCUGAUGCUGCACCAGCAACUGGUAUGGAAGCGGAGUUCCGGGUUAAGUAUGAAACAUGGAAGCGUAGCCGGAAUUCCAGCCAAUUUCUUUUGCGGCUAAGUGAAGAUAACAUAAUGAAAAACCGCUUCGAUUCGGCCGUGCCAUAUGAUCGAAAUCGUAUUGUGUUACGCGCUUCAAUAGGAUACGCGGACACUACUUACAUAAACGCGAGCUCGCUUAAGUGUUUUGAUUUCUGGCGAAUGAUCUCGGAAUUAAAUGUUACAACAUUAGUUAUGCUGUCGAAUGAGGAGGAUUGGAGUCCUUCUGAGAAGUAUUGGCCCAGUGAGUUGCACGGUAAACUGUUGCGCUACGAGAGGCACCGUACAACUGUGAGCGUUCAGGUUGACUGGCAGGAACAUUUCCGUAACUUCAUCGCAUCGAAAGCUGAGGAUACCGGUACUCGAAAUGUGGUGCAGUUUGCAUUCACCGCUUGGCCGUCAUCGAGUGUUGUCCCAUCGUCCUCGGAACCUCUUCUAUCGCUUGUUGGCCGAGUUUUAGAACGACAAAGCGGAUUGCCUGAUUCAGGGCCUAUUGUAUUGCACUGCAGAAAUGGAUCUUCUGAGACGGGUGUCUAUUGUUGCAUAUCGCUGCUGCUGGAGCGAUUGAAAGCUGAGCAACGAGUAGACGUUUUUCAAACGGUGAAAGGUCUCCAAAACCAAAGACCGCUCGUUUUCUCAAAAUUGGAGCACUACGCGUUCUGCUAUCAAGCGGUCAUCGAUUACAUCAGGUCUUCUCGAUAG